AUUUUGAAAUGUCUGAAAAGGACGGUUCUUCCGGAUAAAUCGCGCUGACAGAAAUGGCAUGAAUGAAUGUCCGCUGCACUAAUGCACUUGAUGUUAAUGAGGCACUGUAACUCAUCAAUAUGAAACUUCCAGUGAGUGUCCUGCGGCUGCCCAGAGGUCCGGAUCCGAAUAGCCGCGGGUUCGACCCAAACUCCCCCCGAUUUAUCGCGCUGUGUCCUACAUCAAUCUCCUCUUCGUCUUCAUCAUCGGGGACCGGAAUUGAAGAGGAGCAGCGGCUACGAUCGCAGCUGCGGGAGAGAUUUCUGCGGACACUCUUAAUGAUGACUGAUAAAGAAGUUCAGUUCAACAUGUACGAGAAAGUGCAGGUCCGGGCGAAGUUCGUGGCCUCCGAUAUAGACGUCCUGAAUUUUCAGGUAUCUGAUUUGGAGACUCCUCUUGGCGUGCAGAAAGAAGCCCUUUUGAGGUGCCAGGAUGUGAUUUCAUGCUCAUUUGAACUGUGAACUUGCCCUUGUGGAUGCAAAAGCGCUGGGUUGAUUUUGGGAUGCAAUUAUUUUCUUAACCACAAGAGAGCGGCAGAAGUGUGCUGGUUGUUUAAUGAUUUCAAAGAGCUUUGGUUCAUUGUUUUCAUGCUGUAGUUUGUAAUAAAAGUUUGCAAUGAUAGCAGCACUGCA